AUGGAUCGCAGGCUGCCAACAUCAAACGAACCCUUCGAAAAACGAAAAAGGAAGACAAACGCCCGAUCACUGCCAACUCACGCACUCCCAAAACAAAAGCACUUCAGAAGCUCACACGCAAGUACCACUAGUAACAACAAUACCACUGUAUUCGAACCCAAAACACCACCAGCACUCUACUCUCUCAUCCCAAAAGCUGAAGAUAUUCUACAGGUCGGAUCACCAUCUACUGAUUCACUCCUGUUAAUGUCAACCCGACAAAACACUAUAAACAACCAGUCUGCAACUACAACAGCUUACACUGCUCCUAGUCAUAACAGUAGUAGGACUCAGGAGUCAUUCGAGUAUGAAUCAGGUGCUUCAAACACUGAUGUCGAGUCAAAUGGUGCAUCGAAUGCUAUUAGUGGGAAUACUACUCCUAAACACCAACAUCAUAAUAUUAAUUCCAAGCAUCAGCCAAAGCAUGCUUUUUUACCUUGGCGGACAUCACAAUACAGGGACUCUGGCCAGGAAGACUCAGAUGAUGAGGAUUACGUGUACCCAGAAGAUGAUCAUCGUCGGAAAUCAACCCAUCAUCAGUAUCAAGCUGUCAGUGCAAGUAAAGCACUCUCUCACUUGUAUGCUCCGGAUUCACCAUUUAUGACCGGUCAACAACCAGGACUUUUACAGCAACAGCAAUCACAAUUAUUAGUACCACCAUAUAAUGCAUACCCGGCUGAUCCACAUAUCAGCCAGCCACAUCAGUAUCGAUAUGCUACACGGCAUCAGCUCCAGCAACUUCAACAACAUCAGUCACAGUAUGAUUCUGAUCACAGUCAAUCAGGUAGUGGACAUCAUUAUCACAGUCAUAGUAAGAGACAUUCACCAGACGCCUAUGCAAGCGGAACGCAAUAUUAUUCGCCUGCAUCAGGAGUAGUCGGAUAUGGAUCUACCUCUGGAGUAUUACAUCACCAACAUCAACAGCAACAACAACCGCCACAUAAUCCGUAUUACAAUGAGUUCCCGAUACCCGAGAAUAUAGAUCCAGAACGGGUACGACUACUUAGUAAACAUGCUCAUCACCACCAUCCGAGUGAUUUGAUAUAUUGGGGUGAUGGUAGUGCAGGCGUUUAUCAUCAACACAUUCGGAGCAGUCAUAGUAGCAACAGAAUAUUACGACCAGCUCCAGCACUAGUCUUGACGCUCGUACUGCUAGUCUUGACCGGCUUCCCACUCCUAUUUUUAUGUGUAAGACCUUUAGAUGCUGAUGGAGGGCUGUUCCGGGUACGCAACAUAAAUGCCUCAACGGAAUUAUACGAGUUUGAUGUUACCAUGUCAGCAUCAAACCCAAAUAUUGUACCUGUACAUAUCACCGAAGUAGAUUUGGACAUUUUGGUAUCUGCUCAUCUACCAAACACCAGAUCCUCGCCAGCAUCACGUAAACAUAAAGGAGGAGACUCUCAAAACCCAUCUACUGAAGAGUUGUUAGGUCACAUCAAAUAUUUAUCAUCUAGUAUCACUAUACCCGCGUGGGUGACCACCAAUAAUGCUACUGGACAUGUCUCGAUGCCUGAACCGUCAAACACGCUUGGAAAACUGAUAUAUAUGCUUGGAACAUAUGAAUUGCAGAUCGUAGGGACUCUGACGUAUCAUACUGUAUUCGUGGUGCCUUAUACUGUACCUGUAUGUACCAUUCAUCGGGUGGAACGUGGCAAGGUCAAGAAGACUUUUGCUUGUACUGUGGACGACGAUGAUGGUGGGAUUGAUGAAGGUGAUGGAGAAGAUAGUAAUGAUAUAGAUAGUUAA